CCAGGGCGGGACUGACCAUUCGAGCACUCGGGCACUGCCCGAGGGCCCGGGGUCAGUAGGGGGCCCCAUAAAAUGCCCCUGGUACCUUUUGUAUAGGCUUUUUUGAGUGUGGGCAAGGACACAGGGGCCACAUGAUCCCCUAUUGCCCCGGGGCUCCAUGAGUUGUCAGUCCACCCCUGUCUAUGCUUCCUCAUCAAUGCCCACCAGUGUUGCCUCAUCAGUGCAGUCUAUCAGUGCCCAUCAGUGCAGUCUAUCAGUG